AUGACCAAAAAGCCCUCGUUCCUGCUUCUUGGCAUAUCUGAUCUCAUCGAUGCCUCUGCAAUGCAACAGAGCGGCGGAAAUACAGCCACGGUGCUGGAUAGUUUCCUUGGGCGGCUCUGUACGAACCCAAACAAUCCAACUCAGGACUGGACGCCACUUGACCCUAGCCCCUUUUAUGAAUUGCCGCCCUCGAUAAUAGAAGCGAAGAACGCGCAAGAGGUCGUUGAUGCCUCGACGAACAACAAAGUUGGUUUCCAGCUGUCGGAGAUCGUCAAGGUCGAGGGAAGCUGGGGUGGCGGUUUCAAUUUCGACGUGUCGGCCCAAACCAUACGGACAUUCAAACUGCAGCGCGAAUCGCAUGUCCUCAAAGCCAUGUGGAAGGAUCUAAAGGUGCGAAAUGAAAUUCUCGAGACUCUCGAAGAGCAGUCCAAGCUGUACAUGAUUGUCGGCUUCAAGACGUGUAUCAACGCGGACGCGAAGUGGCUCGCGUCGAAGAACUGGGCCGGCCGCCUCAGCCUCUCUGUCACGGAGAUUCUCACGGCGGCGGGCGUGCCCAUUCCUCCAUGGCUCGAGGUCAAGAUAGAUGCGGGCUGUGACCGGGACAAGACGUUUGUGCAAAUGGCGAGCCUGUUCGGGGAGAGGAUAAUCGCCGUCCGCUACCGCCAGGUCGCGAGGCGGAACCGUAUCCUCCAGUUUAUGAGAGGCAAAAAUGUACCUGAAAUCACUAUAGCGAAGCGGGAGGCUACUUCGCUUGAUGGACCGAUGACUUAUGCAGAGGAAGAAGACUCUUCUGACUAUGAAUCAGAUUCCAUAAAUUGGGAAGAAGCUUCUAAUGAUGCUAAUUUGUUAAGCACUGACCCUGAUGCCAAUGAUAUCCAGCUCGUUCCCUUGGAGACAGUGAUUCAGCCUGGCCUCGGUCAAAUGAUUAUCGAGAUUUAG